AUGGUCCAUGUCAGGCUCAAUGAGAAGGAAAAAAAUCCGAAUCCGCACAUCAACUUCAUUACCCCGCUAAAGAUGGCGGACACACAAGCGGAAGAGCAGGCGAAGCAACUGCUCCGCGCGUUGGCUGCUCAAGUUCGACCCAUCAUGAAAGCUGAGGGUUUCGUGAUCAACAGCUUCGAAGAGUACGAGCAUAACAAAGUGUUCGCCGGGCGCAAUUGGAAUAACGGCGAAACCGUAGAACUAGUCCUCCGCGGUGCUCACGGAGGCUUCCUCCCAACGUCCUGGCUACUUAGUACAUUGUGUCAUGAGUUAGCUCACAUCAAACACAUGAACCACGGCCCAGCCUUUCAAGCUCUCUGGGCAAAACUACGCGCCGAUGUUCGCCGGCUGCAGAGCGAGGGAUACUAUGGAGACGGAUUUUGGUCAUCAGGAACCCGUGUUGCCGAUUUCGCACGAAUGGGAGGCCAGGGCCUCGAUUCCGAUGACCUUCCCGAGUUCAUGUGCGGUGGGGCACAAAGUCGUGCCCGCCCGGCUUCGAGGAAGCGUCGUCGCUCUCAGCCCGCAGGGCCGUCAAACCGCACGGGUGCGCAAACGGCCAAGAAACGCAAGCCUGGCACCCGUGUCCGAGCAAAAGGGGCGUUCUCAGGGACUGGUCGCGCACUCAACGAUGAUAUCGAAGACGAGGAGCUGAAGAAGACAGGAACAGGGUUCCGCAAGCAGGCUAGAAGCAAACGUGCUCGAGAAGAGCGGGCAUUGGCAGCCGAACGGCGUCUCCUUGCCCUGCAAGGUCAUAGUGACACCUCACACGCAGCCAAGGAAGCCUCUGGAGACGAAGAUGAGAACGAGGAGGAUUCGGAUUACGAGGCAGCUCCGGAGACAGACCAGGAGCGUCGUCGCGCAAUGCUUGAGUCCACAGAGAAGUCUGACUUGGAGGACCUGAAAACCUGGCAGCGUGACUAUUCCUCCGACUUCAUCUUCCCUCCUGUGGCUUCCGGGUCUGGAUUUGUAUAUGGGCCGUCUUCAUCGUCCACGCAGUCCUUGUACCGAGCAAGAACAAAGGACAAAGGUGGCGGCGUUUCGGAUGUGAUAGAGUUGUCUUCUGACGAGGAAGAUAGCGCACAACCGACGUGCGAUGUACAAUUGCUUCCGAAAGGAGGCACUGCUGCAAGCUCGGCCACACCAACCGUCGGUAAAGGACCGGGAAAAGAAGAUACACUGGUUAUUCGGCACUCGGACAAGAAUCCUGCGGUGAUAGGAACACGGUCCUCGGGCAGUGCAGUGCGCUCGUUCGCGAAACAACGGAAGCUCGCCUACGGUGGCUCAGUGCAACAAGUUUUUGGCACUAGGACAAAAGAGACCCAUGAAAUUGCUUCCUCCGAUGACAAUCGGCUAGGCAGUGCAUCUUCGAAGGCGUCGUAUACGUCGUCGAAUCUCCUCGCAAACGUCUCUCGACGCACAUCGACACACACAGAACCACCUUCCUUCCAUUCAACCACGUCCGUUCUGACGUCAAGCGCGCAACCGAAGUGGCCAUGUCACGUUUGUACCUUGCUCAAUGAACCUGGGCACCUCGCAUGCUCCGCAUGUGCCACGCCGCGCGGCGAGUCGAUAUGGCUGGGAAACACAGAGUGAAUGUGGUCUUUGACGGGAUCGAACAUAUGCGGGUCGCUUUUCUGGGUGGGAGACGAUCGUCCAACAUGCCCACAGCUGUACUAGCACAUCGGACCUCGGAUAUACCGCAUACAUUGUCGAUAGUAUUCCAUAACAUGACCGUAACGGAAGCUUACUGUAUCGCAUACAAUCAAUAAAGCGAGGAUUUGACAUUCCAUCUCCAGAGCGUCCUUCUUCUAUCGUACACCGAGGAAAGCUUCUGUGGGUGAUCGGAUCGUAGAACAACAAGCAAAACUACUUCCUAAGACACCAUCGGGUAGAACCUGUGGCACUUAGUGGCGCCAGACCAAAAUCUCAUAGUGGUCGACGUGGUGCUCUUGACCGCCGAACGGCACAUUUGCGCCACGCAAGUGAGCUCCAGCCUUCCCAGGCACCUUCACCCCAUUAACGACGCCGAUGGCAUGAUAGAGCUUGUCGCCAUUCUCCUCGUAGCCUCCUUCGACGGGGCGCCGCCCUGGCGGAACGUGGCCGCCGGAUGCCUGCACCCACUCCAUCGUGUUCGGGUCGAACGGUAGGAGAUCGUACCGGCCGCGAUGCUCAAGUUCGCCGCCGCCCCACGCCACGCGUGCAGGAGGGUUGAACGUCGAGACUAUCUUGCACGGGUGCACGGCGCGCUCAAAGAUCGCGCUCCCUACGUAAACGGGGGUGCGCCCGUCCGCGUCGAAGGCGACGGGAGGGCCAGCCCGGUUCUGCGGGAACGGCUGGCUGUCGCUCAGGGGUACGCGGAAGCCCGAAGGCGGGGGCGGGGCGUAGGGGGGCGGGGCGCCACCUGCAUGGAGGUCGCGCGAAGGUGAGAUUCCAUGAGGGGCGCCGUGCUCGCCGCCGGGGAACGAGGGCAUGUUGAUUUGGCUGUGGGGCAUCCCUGGAGCGUCUGGGAAGCCGAGGGGCGCGGUGAAGCUGGCUCCCGCGAGCGGGACGGCUACAUGGCCAUGUACAGGAGUGGGGAACGCAGCGUGCUUGUUAUUUUUCUUGGCUUUCUUCUCCUCGUCAGAGGACGAAGAGGAGGACGAGGAGCUCGACGAGUGACUGCGGCGGCGGUUGUGGCCCAUGAUGAUCGAUCUGGCUAGAUUGUACUGUAUGGGUGGUGAGAUGAAGGCAAGAGGGUGGUGCU